CCGUUUGUGUACAGGCGGAUGUGGAAUUGUUUUUCUCCGCUGUUCUCAUUCGUUUCUGUCUUAUUUAUACAAAUUCUAUUUAAUAAGUGAAGAAACGAAGAAUUAAAGAUGUCUGAAACCGGGAACCGACUUCGGAAACUUCUCGAAUCGCCUAAUUUCGACCCACAGUCCUACGUGAAACAGUUGUCCCAGCAGUCCGACGGUGACAGAGACCUGCAGGAGCAUCGCCAGAAAAUCCAGACCCUGGCAGACGAGACGGCCCAGAACCUCAAGAAGAAUGUGUACAAGAACUACAGGCAGUUCAUCGAGACGGCCAAGGAGAUCUCCUAUCUGGAGAGCGAGAUGUAUCAGUUGAGCCACAUCCUGACCGAGCAGAAGAGCAUCAUGGAGAGCAUCACCCAGUCCCUGCUCUCCACGGAUAAAGAUGAGACCUCUAAGGAGAUGCAGGCAGCUUUCCCUAAGGAGACAGAGGAGCUGAAGCAGAGGACCCUCACCUCCCUGCUUGAGAAGGUAGAGGGAGCUAAAAACAUCAUGGACAUCCCAGGGAGACACCUGGUCUACAAUGGGGACCUUGCAGAGUAUGAUGUGGACAACAUGUCGCUCAUCCAAAAGGUACAUGCUUUCCUCAUGAACGACUGUCUGCUGAUUGCCAACUGGUUGCCCAACCGCAGAGGCACGGUGAAGUACAAGUACAACGCCCUGUAUGAUCUGGAGAGCUUUGCUGUGGUCAACGUGAAGGACAACCCCCCCAUGAAGGAUAUGUUCAAGAUCCUCAUGUUUCCUGAAAGUCGCAUCUUCCAGGCAGAGAACAGCAAGGUCAAGAAGGAGUGGCUGGAGAUCCUGGAUGAGACUAAGAAAAACAAAGCCUCCAAGGAGAAGAAGGUGGAGGAGGCUCCUAUGUCUCCUGUCCGGUCUGAGGUUUCCACCAAUCCUUUCGACAUGGAGGAAGAUGAGCCAGCAGACUCAGAGGACAGCGUAGAUCUCAGCCUCGAGUGGAUUCAGGAGCUGCCAGAGGAUCUGGACGUGUGCAUUGCCCAGAGGGACUUCGAGGGAGCCGUGGAUCUCUUGGAUAAACUCAGCGAGUAUCUGAAGGACCAGCCGGUGACGCCCAGGGUGAAGGAACUCAGGGGGAAGGUGGAUGAGCGUGUGCGGCAGCUGACGGAGGUCUUGGUGUUUGAGCUGUCUCCAGAUCGCUCACUUCGGGGUGGACCUAAAGCAACCCGGCGGGCUGUCUCCCAGCUCAUCAGAUUAGGUCAGUCUACCAAAGCUUGUGAGCUGUUCUUAAAGAACCGCGCAGCAGCGGUCCAGACGGCCAUACGACAGCUCCGCAUCGAGGGAGCCACGCUUCUGUACAUCCACAAGCUCUGCAACAUUUUCUUCACCAGCUUGUUGGAGACCGCCAAGGAGUUUGAGAUGGACUUUGCAGGGAACACGGGCUGCUACUCAGCCUUCGUGGUCUGGUCCAGGUCCGCCAUGAACAUGUUUGUGGACGCCUUCAGCAAACAGGUGUUUGACAGUAAGGAGAGCCUGUCCACAGCAGCAGAAUGCGUCAAAGUGGCCAAAGAGCACUGCCAGCAGCUGACCGAGAUCGGCCUGGACCUGACCUUCACUCUGCAGUCACUCCUGGUCAAAGACAUCAGGGCGGCCCUGCAGAGCUACAAGGAUAUCAUCAUCGAAGCCACCAAGCACAGGAACUCUGAGGAGAUGUGGAGGAGGAUGAACCUGAUGACCCCUGAGGCUUUGGCCAAACUCAAGGAAGAGAUGCGCAGCUGUGGUAUCAGCUUCCAGCAGUACACAGGCGACGACUGCUGGGUCAACCUGAGCUACACCGUAGUGGCCUUCACCAAGCAGAUGAUGAGCUUCUUAGAGGAAGGCUUGAAGCUCUACUUCCCCGAGCUGCACAUGGUUCUGCUGGAAAGCCUGCGGGAAAUCAUCCUGGUGGCCGUGCAACACGUUGAUUACAGCCUGCGCUGCGAGCAGGAUUCAGAGAAGAAGUCCUUCAUCCUGCAGAACGCUACCUUCCUGCACGACACCGUUCUGCCGGUGGUGGAGCGGCGAUUCGAGGAGAGCGUGGGCAAGCCCGCCAAACAGCUGCAGGACCUGAGGAAGAGCACCAGGUCGGUGCGGAUCAACCCUGAAAGCACCACAUCCUUGGUUUGAGACCGACAGGAACUUCUGAGGCCUUGUUUGACGAAAAUGGAUGAGACUGGAACAAAGACGGUGGCCGAGAACGCCCACACACCCUUUUCCUCCCUGCAAUUUCAAGCUGAAUUUCAGAGCUGACCAAAACACUAAGUGCUGCUGGUUGUUUUGAUUAUGCAGAACCAGAAAAAAAUAAAACUAUAAUUUCAAACAGCUGCAGUAACAUUGGAUAAACGUUAAAAAAUCUUUUUCCACAUAAAGGAUUCUUUAGAUCUGCCAUAAAUGUUCCCUCCAUCAAGAAUGGAGGCAGCAUAGACCCAGACAUUUAAUAUUUAUUUAUCUAUCCCUCCAAUACAUGUAAGAAUUUUUCUUUUUUGCCAAAUCAAUAACUCCAGAUGUUAUUUUCCAGAUAACCAUUUUUUCCCACCAUUGAGGUCCAUAUAUAUUAUUGCUGCUAGAUUAUCUGAGAUGAGUUGGUUUAUAAGGCAAUGAUAUUGUAAUGACCACCCUUGUACGUAUGGUGAUUUAAUAAGGUGAGUUGUGUGACCUUAACACAUAAAAUGAAAUAAAAAUCAUUAC